CUUGCUCCGCAAAGACACCUGACCUCUUCCGGCGGUUCCACAAUGCGACUUUCCCUCUGUCCACAACAUCAUGCUCGCCUCCGGCUUCACCAAUGCCCCCAUCUCGCGGCUCCUCGUCAUUGGCACCGUACUCGCAUCAUUCCUCGCAACGCUGACUGACACAAAAUACUACUUCUGGAUCGACGUCCGCCCGCACCUCUUCGACUACCACCAAUUCUGGCGACUGUUCACCUGGCAGCUAUGCUACACCAACAGCACCGAAGUGCUCUUCGCAGCCAUGACACUCUACAAUCUUCGAGUCAUUGAACGACUCUGGGGCAGCAGGAAAUUCGCCUCUUUCAUUCUAUCCACUUUCAUCUACAAUACUCUCCUCCCGCCGAUUCUCCUCGCUGCUGUCAUUCGGCCUUUGAGCUUCGGAAAGAUCAAUUACUUACCUGCUGGACCUACCCCGAUCGUCUUUGCGCUUUUGGCGCAGUACCACGCUGCGAUUCCGCAUAUUUACAAAUAUCGCAUUUCCACGUCGACGAACAAUAAUGCGGCUGAGGAGUCGGGUUUGAUGCUCACGUCGAAGGUCACGUCGUACCUUAUGCCUUUGCAGCUUGCGCUGUCGCAACUUCCUGGUUCGGCGUUGGCGGCUGGUGUUGGGUGGAUUGUGGGGUUUGCGUACAGGAGGGAGAUCUUGCCUGGUGCUGCGAAGUGGAGAGCACCUGCUUGGCUGGUAGGAGGAAGUGAGCAAAGAGAGCGAUACGAGCAUUUGAGGCGGAGAAUGGAGGGCGAAGCUGGAAGGGCUACGGGAGUGGAUACGGAUGCUGGACAACAGGCUAGGAGGAGAGGUGUGCUGGGAGGACUGGCAGAUCAGUUUAGAGGAGCUUUCUGAGUGCAUUAAAUGGGACACAUCUGCGGCAUCGAUAGGAAGUGCUGCGUUGAGACGCCAUAGCUGAAAUAUAAAGCACUACAAUUGCAUUUUUGGCAUCUGUUCCUGCAAGAACAGUAGCAUUCGUCCCGGCAGUCUUGUUCUAUUCUGCAAUCUAACUCUAUUGAUCCAUUUGCCCACAUCUAAGCCCACAUGGCGCGGAACUUGACAGUGAACUCGGCGUGCAACUUUUGGAAAGCCUUCAGGACGUUCUUCAAACCCUCACCACCUUCACCAUCCCAGGCACUGUUUGCCAGCUCUUGUGCAAGAGCCUCAGCCUCCUCACCAACAGAGUGCUCAAGCGCAGCCUGAACAUCGUCUUCGUCCUCGCUUCCAGCC